UCUAAUAGGAUCAGACAUGAGAAUAGGAGAUUAUGACACUCAAACCAUAAUACUCAAUAUCAUAUUUUUAAGCCCUUGUCAAAAUGGCUGCCAAACUGUAGGAGGCAUAUUGAAGGCUCAGGGUCUGAAGAGAAGGGCACUCAAACAUUUUUAAAGGUAAUUAAUUAUUUUUUCUUUUACACAAAUUAAAAUCAGAUCGUCUUGUAAACAACCUAAACUGUAAUUUAAAUUCAACAUCAAAACAUGUUUUCGUCUCACACCCUUGUAUUAGUUAUAUCUGAAGUAUUUUGAAGGUGAUUUAUGAGUAAUCUGGAGAUACUUGCACAGUCCUGUUCCUUAUUUUUAGAUUUAACAAAACCUGAUGACACUAUAGGAAUUUACCUGAGAAUGACAGAUUAUUUGCUGAGCUGGAUACUGAUAAUGCAUGACCUCUAUUAAAUUCCUCUUCUGCAAUCUAAACUUCCCUCUCUCCCUAUCCUACACCUCUUCCUAAGCAGCAUGGUGUUGUUAAAACUUAAGUUCCCCUUCCAAAAGAGGGUGCGUCUUGCACAGGGUCUGUGGCUGCUUUCAUGGGUGGCUAUGUUCUCUGGAGCCAUCACCUUUGCUAUGGGAGUCUUCCUUAAAACUGAGCUAUAUCGCAGAUCAGAGGUGAUGCACAAUAUGGACAUCCACAUUGUGCCAAAUCUGCUGAUGGCAGUGGGGUUAGCAUCAGUGGGCAUCAACAUCUGUGCUGGUAAAGUCUGCCAUGACUCACUGGACCCCUCACGUUUCCCACGCUGGAAGACGAUUCUUCCUCCAUUCUUCUGCAUUUCUGUCUUCUUCUCCUCCCUGCUGCUGGUCGCCAUGAUUCUGAGCUUUGCCCUGCAGCCCAGCCUGGAGGAGUCUUUGAAGAUUGGGCUGAAGAACGGCAUCCGUUUCUACAAGGACACAGACACACCAGGCCGUUGCUUCCAGAAGGAGACUAUUGACCGUUUACAGAUUGAGUUCCAGUGCUGUGGUAAUACCAACUACAGGGACUGGUUUGAGGUGCAAUGGAUCAGCAACCGCUACCUGGACUUCACAUCCAAAGAUGUGAAAGAUCGCGUGAGGAGUAACGUAGAUGGCCGAUACCUGGUGGAUGGGGUCCCAUUUAGCUGCUGUAACCCCGCCUCCCCACGGCCCUGCAUCCAGAACAGUCUCCUGGACAAUUCUGCCCAUUACAACUACGAGUAUCAGACUGAAGAGCUAAACCUGUACAGCCGAGGUUGCCGCCAGGCCCUUGUCAGCUACUACAUGGGUUUAAUGAACACCAUCGGCCCUUGUGUUCUGCUUUUUUUCCUUCUCCAGAUGUCCAUUCUAGUGAGUCUGCGCUAUCUGCAGACUGCAAUGGAGGGUGUGCUGGGUCAGGAGAAUAUGGAGAUCGAGACAGAGGGAUACAUCCUGGAGAAGGGAGUGAAGGAGACAUUGUUGGAGACUAAAGAAAAGAUGAUGAAACUCUUCCAGCUCGCUCAGGUGGGCGACGCGUCCGCUGCGACCCCGGGCACAGAGCCAGAGGCAGAAAAGCCAGCCACAGCCUAAAAGACCAAGUGUAAUUGUUCAUAAUGAGUGCUCAUGUACACAUGAGUGCUAACUGUCCUUGAUUAUCAUCAUCAAAAGGAAAUAAGUCAUCAUAAUUAUAAUGUAACAUUGCUACUUCAUUGUUAAAUGAAGUCAUCAAGUUACCCAAAUAUUUGAGGUAAAAACCAGUAACCUCUCAAAAUGCUGGAAACUGAAAAAUCUGAUGGUACCAAAAUACCCCUGUCUGACAUGACAAUAAUAUAUAAGAUGAAGAUGUAUGAGGAAGAGUUAAAGAAGAAAAUUUCAAGGAAAUGAAGGCAAUGAAAUAGUACAUUUCAUCACAUGAGGUCUGUAGAUGUUUUGCUGCUUCAUGCUUUGCUUUAAUAGAAAAAAGUAGAGAGCUGAAACUGCAGAAGAUGUAUGCGACAAAUAAAGAGUUUUUAACUGA